AUGCAAAAUCUGAUAUUAACUCUUCCCAUCAUGAAGGGUGCCUCGUCCAGUAAUAUUUGUUCGAUUGAUAAUUUAGUCGGCAAGGCAGAGACUCAAGGUGGCACCCCAGGGCCCCAUGCGACGCCCAUUCUUCCACCAGUUAAGGGUUUGCUAUUUAAUAAUAAGCAGCUCCCACCGCUUGCAUCUUUUAGCUAUCAAAGUUUACAGCAGCAAGGGCUGAAAAAUGAGCAAAGUAUGUCUCAGUCAUCGCAAAUUCAGCAAUUAUCGCAAGUACAGCAGUCACAUGCUGCCGCGCUUAUACUGGCUCAAUCUGCAAUGACGUCUAACCCUUUUGAGCAUCUAUCGCAGCUGUUAUCGCAUAUAGAGUCUUCUUCAUCUGGCGCCAAGUCUAUUACUGGGCACGAAGUCGCGGACAAGAUUAUUCGAGACAAUGGUGAUUACUCGCUACAAUUAAAAGAAAUUUUUGGCUCACUAAGAGAUAUUCAUCUGUCGCUACUAAACUGGCCCAUGGUCCAGUAUUCUCAGGAUAUUCCUGUCGGAGAGAUAAUGAGAGAGCUAGUUUCAUUUAUAGAGUACAGAGAUUUGGAGAAAUUGGAAUUUUUGAUGGAUAAAUUCAAACGACAGCUAGACUUAGUCAAGUACUGGAAAUACAAGCUAGGACAUCUCUACGUCGAGAAGGUAGGUAAUGGUGUUUGGUCAAGCCCUGGUGAUAAAAAUCGCUCUGAGGGUCUUGAAACAAAUAAUGGCCCAACUCCCGCAUUAGAUACUUCUGCAUCGAGGUUGACCAGUCCAACACCAAGCGUAAGUCUUGGCGCGGGGAUUAUUUCCGGGGUAAGCGGCGGGUCUACCGCAGCAAGUUCGCGAUCGGUUUCGUACUCGGUUCCUACCGAAGAACGGGUCGGACAUAUCCCAGAACAUGCCGGAGAAUAUCAAAAUAACUUUUUCCAGGAUAUGAUAGUACCUAGUUGGUUUAUUGUAAUCAGAGAUCCAAAGUCUAUGAAUUGUUUGCAAUGUGGCAGCCGCGAUACCAGCGAGUGGCGCUCAGGCCCGUUGGGUAGAAAAUCCAUGUGUAAUGCCUGUGGCAUAUGGUAUAUGAAACUAAAACAGAGAUUUGGGGAGGAAGAUGCUGCUGUCAUCAUGGAAUAUCGUAGAUUAACUAACAGACAUGACGACAGAAGGGUACCUAAAAAAUUCGAGGUACCAUUACCGGAGGUGGAAAAGGUGAAACGCGCUAUUAGGGCGAGGGUAGUGGCGUAUCUAAAUGAGGUCGAAAUUCCAGUUAAGACGCGCAGGCGCGCAUUGUUGCACAAGGGGAAAGUAGGAGGUACACAACAAACAAAAGCGACGGGUAUGAAAACUCCACAGUAA